GGUGUAGUGGCCAUCUAACUUGGACUGCAAAAUUGCUUCAGCAUGCUCCGCAUCUACUUCUUGAUUGUUAUGAUUAGCAAUUUCUCAACAUUGCACGCUUGGCUCGAUCUUUACCAUCAAAAUUAUCCCGCCUGUUCGGAUCUCUGCAAAGCAACCGAAAGAAGGGAACCAUCUAGACUCGGUCAUCGUGUCACGCGAAAUCGAAAUUAUGGACAACUGCGGAUUCAGUGCCUCAUGGAUUGCAUUCGUGGAUGAUGGAGGAAAGUAGCAUUGAGUUGAAAAUUGCGAU